GAUACAUUAUUCCAACUGAAGGUAAGCUUUUUUAAUAUUAUUAGACAUCAAUGAUUUUGAACAUUUCUUAUUUGACUUAUUUGCUGUUUGUUAGAGUCUCGUUUAACUAUGUGAUCUAUGUAAUUCAGUGUUGUAAAUUGGAUGAUCAUUUUAUAGUUUACAACGAAGCAGUUGGAAAGAUUCUCAAAAAAGUGUGAGAAAGAGGAGAAGGCCCAACAAGCCAAAGUGAAAAAGGUACUUAUGGCAAAGCCUUUUAUACGACUAACUUGUACUACUUGCUGUACUUAAUCCGUGAAGCGGAAAAUUAGAACACCAGUAAGUUCAGUCUUGUUUGCAGGGAUUUAUAAAUUAAACAUUGGUAAAUUCUGCUUCUUGCUCUUUGUACCAGGUUGCAAGACAGUAAUUGUACGUGUAGAGUUUACAUGUAUAUUAAACUUAAUCAAUUGAUUCAUUAAUUAAUGAUUUGUGGGAUAGGCAUCCAUAACUAUUACUUUACCUGGGUGCCGUCCUUGGAUGCCAGGAUCCAAACUGCAUCUUUGCUGAUUCUAUUACCUUUUCGCUUGAAAAUGUGACUGAAAAAACUCUUCCAUAGUCUGUUCCAGUAGUUUUGAUAAUGACCAGUUAGUAAACAUUCAUCAACACUUCUGGAAAGAGUGCUGUCGUGUGGGUCUUUAGAUAACAGUCUGAUAAUUUAGGGGAAUGGUGAACGAAGACAAACGAACAGACAAGGAACAGAAUCUCGAUAACCAAACACAGCUAUAUUUCAAAAUGACGAUCUGAUCAUACAGUACUUUCCAUGUGACUUGCGCGUGCACAUACAUUUAUGACAUGACCGCAUAACAUGCUGAGUUAAACAAUAACAAGGUUCAAAUAGCAAGUUCAGUCUACUCGACAUCCUCCGGGGGGGCGCGGAUGCAUCUUGUCCAUUCUGAAAUUCUCCCCAUGGCGUCAGUAGCCGCAGCUCGUCUCGGUCUAGUUGAUGUGACUACGGUAGAUUGUUGCUCAGGAGAGUUUCGCGAUGCAAUCCUAGAGGAAGAGGGACUCGCAGUAACUUCAAGAGGAUACAGUUUGGAGACAGGACGGUUGGUAUAUCCAGUACUUGUGCGAAUGUGUGGUGCCCUUACAAAGCCAUCACCUCCUCUAAUCAGGUCUUCUAUAACUGCUAGCUUCCAUGAUGAUCUGGGACCUUCGUCAUAGACUAGUACAACAUCUCCCGUCUUGAUUGAUUGCUUGUUGGUACCGGAUGCUCUGUGGAAUUCGCGAAGUGAGGUCAGGUAUUCGUGUCUCCAUCGGUUCCAGAAACAUUCAAGGAUAUGGGCUUGUGCUGUCACACGCUGCCUCAUGUCAGAUGCACCUCCAUAGUCUGGGUCAGAUGGAUCAUCAUCAGCAAUGGGAUAAGGCAGGGAAGAGAUUCUCCUCCCGUUUAAGAGAUGAGAAGGUGUUAAUGGCUCUUCGUCUGUACAAUCACUUGAAACAUAAGUGAUAGGGCGAUCAUUCAGGAAAGCUUCUACUUCAGUGGCGAGUGUUUGGAGCUCUGUUAAGGUGAUAGAUGCCUUGCCAAGCGUCUUCUUAAUGGCUCGUUUCGUUAGUCCAAUGAUUCGUUCCCAAAAGCCUCUGUACCAUGGAGCGCGUUUCGGGAUAAAUUUCCACUCAACGCCUUGUCGGCUGAACUGUUCCUUUAGUGAAGGAGAUUUGAAUAGGUCACUGAGGGUAUCUGAGGCCGCAAGGAACGUGGAGGCAUUAUCUGAUAUCAUGUGAUGUGGCACAGAUCUGCGACUUGAGAAUCGUAGGAAGGCUUGCAGGAAACUUUGCUCCGAGAGGUCACUGACAACUUCCAGAUGUACCGCUCUUGUUACAGCGCACGUAAACAGACAAAUGUAGCUCUUGGUGGUACCCUUUUCUGAUCGCACAUAGAGGGGUCCAGUAAAGUCAACUCUAGUUACUGAAAAUGGUUUUGCAUCCUGGACUCUUAACCUAGGUAAGGGUGCGGGAUCUGGAGCUCUGAAGGCCGUUCCUUGCACCUUCCGGCAGGUCACACAUCGCCGAAGAAGUUUCCUCACAUACUGCCGAAUUGAAGUUAUCCAGAAUGUUUGGCGAAGCAUGGUCACUACCACGUUGACACCAGAGUGAAGUUGCUUUUUAUGGACUUCGUAGACAACCAGUGCUGUGAAGGGAUGGUUGGGUGGAAGCAGGUAGGGAAACUUUGCUGACUAUGCAAGCUGAGCAUUAUGGAUCCUCCCCCCGGAACGAAGGAAGCCGUCAGCAUCGAGGAACAGGCGGAGUUGUUUCACUAAUGUCAAACGGGUACUGGAGUUGGAUCGAAGGUUAGCAAUCUCUGCUGCAUAGAUUAGUGCUUGGGAGUUCUGGAUCCACUUGCGUUGGGCGUCUUGCCUCUCCUGUACAGAUAGGGGGCCAUGUGUCUUUGUUGCAGGAUGUUUCAAGUUCUUCACAAACCGUAGAACGUAUGCUGUUAUGCUGAGAAGUCUGGAGAGAGUGCUGAAUCUUGAAACAUCAAUAAGAUUAUGGAUGCCUAGCUCUUUCUCCGUCGGAUCUGUCUGAGUCAUCCCAUUCCUGGUUGUGGCAUCAGUGUCUUGCGCAUCGGCGAUGUCACACAGCUGUAGAUGGAGUAUUUUGGAGGGAUUCCAAGAUGGCCAUUGCUCGACAAGUGGUAACCAUUGGGGACCGUGUUGCCAAAGAGAUGAGGUGUGAAGCUGUGUUGUAGAGAUGCCACGAGUAAGCAGAUCAGCAGGGUUUUCUUGGGUUGGGCAAUGAUUCCAGACAGUAACAGGGAACAGUGUCAUGAUCUCUUUGUUGCGGUUGGCAAUAAACUGUUUGAGGGGCUUGGAGCUGUGUAACCAAUGGAGGACUAUCUCGCUGUCUGACCACAGAUGGACUGUAAUAUUGGGAAAUCUCGAUUUGAGGGCUUCUGCUACUUAAAAUGAGCUAGUCUUGUACAGAUUGAUGCCGCCAUUAGUUCCAAUUGAGGGAGUGUCAAUUUCUUCAGUGGAGCAACACGUGACCUUGACAUGACGAGUGAGGUCUGGUCACCAUUAGAAAUGUAGGCUACAGCUCCAUAUGCUUUAGGGCUGGCAUCAGCAAAGACAUGUAAGUAGAUUGGUUGUGCAUUAGACGGCGCUUGUGAGAAGAAGCAUCUGGGUAAGAUCAGCUUGCUAGCCUCUUGGAUAUCUUGGGCCAUGUCAUUCCACUUGGCUUCCAGUUCUGUGGGAAGUGGCCCAUCCCAUUCUUUCUUUGCCACAGUUCUUGAAUGAGGAGCUUGGCCUUCACAGUGACUGGAGAUAUGAAUCCCAGUGGAUCAUAAGUCCUUGAGGCAAGUUGUAGUACAUCACGUUUGGAGGUUGGUUGACUGGAAGGGGAGGCGAGUUCCUUUGGUGCAAGAGAGAUGGUGUCUUGGAUUGGGUGCCAGCGCAAACCAAGAAUGUUGACCACAGUGCUUGGAUCGGCCGUUUGAUCUUGUUCUGUUCCUUCAAAGUAAGUGGGCUAUUGGAUGCCCAUGAGCGCAGGUUGAAAUUGGCUUCAUUCAUGAUUGAUCUUGACUCUUGAUAGUAACGGAUGAUGUCAGUUUCUUGGUCACACCGGAGAUAACAUUGUCUACAUACAUAUUGUUUCCAAUGUCUUUGGCCACAGGUGUACUGUAGUUUUCCAGAUGAUGAUGCAGUGUAGCGUUCAGCAUGAAAGGGGAACUGGUGGAACCAAAUAGGACCGUCUUGAAACGAAAGACCUGAAAUUUCGCUUUCGGAUUCUUAGGGUCUGACAACCAGAAAAAAUCGGGUAAAGUCUCGGUCAUUGCCAUCGAGACCGACAUGAAGAAAGGCCUUCUCAAUAUCUGCGGACAGGCCGUAAGUGAAGGAUCGGAAUCUUAUGAUGAUGGAGCACAUAUCGCUUAGAAAUGGAGGGCCCACCAUAAGGCAGUCGUUCAAACUUGGAGAGUUGUUUGAGGAUCGGGAGCUGCAAUCAAAAACAACUCUGAUAGGUGUGGUAGCAGAUUCUUUCUUGACUGCGUGAUGUGGGAGGUAGUGCACUCUAUCCAUACUGUCUACAUUGUCAACCCUUUCAAUAAAUCCACGCCUUUCAUGUUCUUUGAUAAUUUCCCCGUACGAGGUAAGAAGGCUAGGUGUCUGAGCAAGGCGGCGUACCAUAGCCCGCGUGCGGCGUGCACAGCUACCAUAGUUGGAAGGUAGUGUGGGAAAAUCUUCCUUCCAUGGGAAUUUGGCGCUGUAACUGCCAUCGGACAUUCUUGUGAUUGAGGAUCUCUGGUAGUGUUGCAGGAAGGACUCCUGGUUAUCCACUUCUGUAGGUGGUGUGAUGCCUAUAGAUUCCAGAGACCAGAAAUGUUCAAGAUCACGUUCUGCCACCGUUGUGGAAGACAGUGUCUGUAGCAGGUUCACAGCAGCGUCAGUGCGAUUGACGCAGUUAGUCUGUAGCGGUCCAGAGAUGAGGUAGCCAAUCUUUGAUUCUACAGCAGUUGGGCCUUGACCGCGGAUGACCGUGUCCAUCACUAUAUCCCAAUAGUGAUCCGCACCAAGUAGAAGUGAGAUUUCAAAAUUCUCGUCCGACGUCACAGGGUGGGCAAGUUGAAGACCCCUUAGGUAGGGUAUGGUUCGGACCUGCUGCCGAAAGCGGUUCUGAAGUGGUGUGGUGAUUUGGUCAAUCACAAGGACACGUACUGGUAUGUGUUCCCCAUUGUUAGUGACGAUAGUGAUGUUGGCCAUAGGUAAUUGUCUGUUGGAUGAGGAGUGUGUACCAAAGGCAGACAAGGCAAUAGAUUCAUUCUCUGUGUAAAGUAUGCCUAGUUGAUCAGCCAAGGACUGCGUGAUAAAGGAGCGCUGUGCACCUUCGUCGAAUAGAAUGUUAGCUUCACGGUGCGUAUGGUUAUAGCCAACAGUUGCUACAGCAGUUUUCAAGAGUGAUAUUGGGCCAUUGUUGACUGGGAUAUUCGUUUGAGUAAUUGGUGCGAGAGAGGUAUGUACCCUGAAGGGUGGCUCUGCUAUAGAAGUAUGAGGACUGUGAGUGGGAGCCGUAUUGUCAGGUGUGGUCGGAGGGUUGAUGGCAGGAUCAGUGGGGCCCAAACAUAAACUUGUGUGAUGUUUCCCCUUACAUUUAUGGCAGCGGAAUUUUGACUGACACACUGAAGACUUGUGUUUCCCCAAACAGUUGAAGCAAUGUCCGAGAGUCUUAACCUUUGUCCAUCUCUCCCGAACGUCAGUGACUACUUGACAAUUGUAGGAGGGUGGGGACCCUUGCAGUACAGACAUUUUUAGAUUCUGGUUUACUAGAUUUCCCCAAAUGAGGCUGUUUUCCUUGUAUUUGAGCGAGAAAAGAACCAGUGAUUGUUGGGGUGAAUCCAUAAGGGGUGUCGUUAAGUUGGGUACCUGCUUCAAGGAUUAAUUUCCCUUACAAUAGCUUCUCUCAACUCCUGGAAUUUCCAUUCAGGGCUCUCGUGUUCACGGGCUAAGAUCUUUCUCAACUCAUGGGGUAACUUUCCCAGGAUAAUUGGAGCGAGGAGAUCCCCAUAGCUUUCGUGUGAUCUUCCAAGUGAUUCAAGACCUCUGACAUGAGUUUCCAUGGUAUCAUAAAACAGUUGCAAGCUUGUUAACUGGUUGGCAGGGCUAGCAAUUUCAGGAGAGCUUGCAUAUGGGCACCUAUGAUCUUACUGGGUUGCCCAAAACGUUCCUUAAGUAGUUUUAUGGCUUGCUCAUAAUUGACAUUGCUUAGUGGGAAACCAGCUAUAGCUCUUGAGGCGACCCCGUUAGUUGGGCCUUCAGGUAACUAAACUUCUGUACUCCCCCAAUGUGGUGUGAGAGUGGACAGCUGCUUGAAUGAAUCCCAAAAUGUGGGCCAGUUGAGGGGAUUGCCAGAAAAGGUAGGUAAAUUCAGUUUGGGAAGGCGGCUACUGUGGUUAACAUUCAACUGAGAGGUCUGAGGCGGUGGAUGUGUGUUCAGGGGUGGCUGAGAAUUCGGUUGAUUAUUAACAGUUUCCCCAGAGGCUGCUUGACUAGUGGGUGGGGUAUUUUCGUGACUGUUUGAAGUGCUGGGUUCGGACGUGUUACUUGGUACGAGUGGGGUUUCAUUAUAUACCAUUUGUGGGGAUUCCUGAUGAGUGGAGGACGGAGGCUGGGUAGCAGAUUUCUUAGGAGAUAUUGUGACAUGAAUAAAUCUACUUAUCUGGCUGGUGGUAUCUAGAAUUUCAUCAUGGAUUUCUUCUGUCUCAAAAAUCUCUUGCUCGAGAUCCUCCGGUUCUUCGAUGAGCGCUGCAAUUUUCACGUCCAGUCCGGUGAGAAUAGUCUUCUUCCGUGUAAGUUGUUCAAUGAUACUGUUAAGCGAUACAACAUCCAUUUCGGUGGGUGCCUCCUUCUUCAUAAGAUCCUUCGCCUUGUUCAAGGUCUUCGUUAAGUGAACACGAUAACCCGCACGUGAAGAGGUUAGUUUCGGGAGAGUUUCCGCCAUACUGCGUUGGAUGAUCCUGGUCUCGGCACCAAAAUGUCGUGUGGGUCUUUAGAUAACAGUCUGAUAAUUUAGGGGAACGGUGAACGAAGACAAACGAACAGACAAGGAACAGAAUCUCGAUAACCAAACACAGCUAUAUUUCAAAAUGACGAUCUGAUCAUACAGUACUUUCCAUGUGACUUGCGCGUGCCAGGGCUCGAAAUUAACUUUUUCGUUCGGAAGCCAGCUGGCGACUAACGGAAAAAUUUUGGUCGCCAGAUCGUAAAUUUUGGUCGCCAGCUUAUUUUAUAUAUAACUUAGACCCUGUUUACAUGGAGUGGGGGACCCCAGUCUAGUGGGGUAGGUUUCUUUUGUUUUGUGUCCCCCAGGGCGUGAAAACAAAAGAAACCAACCCCACUAGACCAGGGUUCCCCACUCCAUGUAAAGAGGCCCUUACACAAGAACACGAUUUUAUACGUUACUUUGCAUGCAAGAAAAGUCACAACCGAAGAGCGAAAACAAUUAGAAACAACAUGAGUAACACUUAGUUAUAAAGCUACCGUUGUUCUCAGGUGAUAUGUCUCAGGUCCGAAGGUGAUGGUUGUCUCCAUAGUCAUUUUAAAUGAAGCGAAGCAUAAAACGUUUAAGUCCGUGGUUUUCAUUCUGAGACAAACACGGGUCCUUGCGUAUUUGCCCUUUGUUACUUCUACGAAAUGGCGUUCUUUAUUUUCGACUUGCUUUCCUCGACGCCUUUCGCUGCAGACAAACAACGCCAUGCUUGGCCCAGGCCACCACAUUGCUCGUACCAGUCUCCGACCGGGAGGAAACAUAAAUGGGCUUAGUGCCGUUUUUAGGUCUUCGUUUCAUUUUAGACAGAACGUUGUAGGAAAGUAAAACCUAAAAUAUUGCGGGAGUUUACGGAAGCACCGCUUGAAUUGAAUCGCUAUCUCCUUACCUUAAAGUAUAAAGAAACGUUGUUAAGAACUAUUCACUCAGGUACUUUUUCUGUUAGUGAUAGUUAUAUCCAUUUAUUAACCGCCCACUUUCCCUACAUCAACAACUGAUGAAGGAUUCAAAGUUUGGAUUAACCUUUUGGCUGAAUCUUCAUUCCCCGCACGUAAAUACUCACAUAUUUCCUUCAACUGAUUUGUAUCUGCCGCCAUUUUCGCGCCAAUUGAAAAGCACAUGGUGUUGAAGUGCGCCUGCGAUCCCAGUUUCGGAAGAAGCCACUGAAACAAUAUGGCGCGUCGUGAACGCAGUAUCGACGUUUCGAAAUACAUUCAAUUUUUUCGAUUAUCUUGUAGUAUUCAGACAUUAUUUUACUGGGGACAGAAAGGUGAGUUGGAUACUAGCUACCAUAUUCGAUUGAUUUCCUAAUAUAAAGAUUUAAAAACAAAAGUUGUGUCGUGGUUUUCUUUAGCCAUCGGACAAAACGCGAGUCGCCAGCUGGCGACCAGUUCUGAAAAUUUAGUCGCCAGUCCUCAAUUUUUGGUCGCAUUGGCGACCAGUGAGUCGCAAUGUCGAGCCCUGCGUGCGCAUACAUUUAUGACAUGACCGCAUAACAUGCUGAGUUAAACAAUAACAAGGUUCAAAUAGCAAGUUCAGUCUACUCGACAAGUGCCUUAUAAUAGUACAUAAACUUGCCUUCCACCAAACAAAUUCCACGGAAAUUUUGCAACGUUAAGGUACUAUAUCCCCUUUAGUUUUCAGCACAUCAGUGUCAAACUUGACAACUUUACUAAUUUUAAGGCACUACUUUUAGCUGUAUUGACAGUCUGAUUUUUGCUAUCUGAUUCAUGACAAAAGUGGGUUAAACCAUGGAAUGGUAGAUCUCUUUACCAUUCCAACCACUCAUCCAGACCACUUGCACCUACCAUUAGUGAUGACCUUACUCAGAUGGGGAUACGCAUGUCCCUAGUACGAAUUUUAAAAGCUGUUGUCUCGCCUAUUGAAGAGGAGGCCAACCCACUGUCAGUAUUUUACUGCUGUAUUUGUGAUUUUCCUUGUCACUGUCACAUUUCAUCCCAUCUUCAUGUCGUUUGUCGCCAUUUAGUCCGUCUUAUAAGGCCAUGUCGCUUCUGAAUUUUACCCUAACAGGGCCUUGUUACUGGUAUUUUGUAAAUCAUCAGUAGCACCUUCCUCUGCAGAACACACUAUGGAAAUUUGACACCAUUUUCUUUCUUUCUUUGUGUGUGUAGGCUUUGCAGCAAAAAAACAUUGAAGGAGCAAGAAUUUAUGCAGAAAAUGCUAUCAGGAAGAAGAAUGAGGGGUUAAACUUUCUAAGACUUGCAUCCCGUGUGGAUGCUGUGUCCUCAAAAGUUCAAAGCGCAAUGAUGAUGAAACAGGUACUGAUAUCACAGGUCCUGAAGGGGGGCUACAAUUCCCAUUUCUGAUCCUAAAUUGUCUUCAAAUCCUACCACCAACUGCGAAAAAAAAAGCAAGAACAACCCAAUUCCCAUAGCUAAUGUGCCUUGAUUCCUGACCAAAUGUAUAAUCUGGGGUAGGCAAAUCCCUCUUCCCAUUUUAUCUCUUUGGGAUCCUGUACAUGGUAUUCUUGAUACAUUAUUAUUUCAAAUUACAGAAAUAAUAUAAGCAACAUGACAAGUCAUAGGAAUGUGUAAGGCAGUUGGAAUGCUUUUUGUAGAUGAUUUCAUUAGAUCAUUAAACAGGGUACCAUUGUUGGUUGUAUGAUCUUCUCAUAGGGGUCCUUUAUGUUAUAUUUCAUUGAAAUGGCUAUCAAAAUCUACUAGGUUAAUAAAUAUACAACAGGCAUGCCUCUUUAUAGGAUGGUUUCAUACACAAGAACUUUCACAGUUUUUAGAACUGCCAGACAUUCAUUUUUUUUCUAGCAAACCCUUAUCUUGAAGGAUCUGGUUUGAGAGACCUGGGAAUUUAAAUGAAUUUAAGAAUAUUACUGAAGUUUUAAACAAACUCUUCCUAGGUUACCAAGAACAUGGAUGGUGUCGUCAAAGGUUUGGAUAAAGCUAUGCAGUCAAUGGACCUUGAAAAGGUGUGGAACAUGACUGUAUUCUUUCCCAUGUCUCAGGGGUGGAUCCAGGAUUUCUCUUAGGACGGUUUGCACCACUAAGGAAUGGCGAAACUGACUGGUGACGUAAACAAAUUUUUAAAGCGAAUACAAUGAAAGAAGGCUUUUGAUUAGGCAAUAACAUAAUGUGAACUGCUGUGAAUACAUAUCAAACAAUACAGCAGUAUUUUUUAUAACUGUAUUAGAAAGCCGCAGGUCGAGUUAGGGGGGGCAGUGCGCACCCCCUGCACUCUCCCCCUAGAUCCUCCCCUGUAACUGACUGUGACUGUUAGACAAGACGAGACAACAACUCAGACAUUUAUCACCGUAAUUUUACUUCAUAAUAAUUACAAUUUCUUCACACGCAGUUAGCCAAUUAAAUGAUAGUCAUGGUGUGCCAAAUUGAUUAUGUAGAAGGUUACAAAAAGUAUUACAAAAUAAUAAGUAAAUAAAAAGAGCAAAGACGAAAAGAAAACAAAGGAAGAGUGUGAUUACAUGUACAUCAAAGACAAAAAAGAUAUUAAAAUCUGUGCGAUGCAUUUAACAAUCUGAAGAGCCUAAGGUUUAGCAUUUCAUGAUUUUAUUUCUUGCAUUAUCAUGGUUGCAUUAAGGCGAUCAUCUUUGUCUUUUAAUAUUAUUUCAAACAGCACACUGAUUAAAGUCAGAAGUUUCCAGCAUUGAUGUUUUCUUUUAAUCUCACAAUAGUAGUCUUUGCCUUUUUUCAGAUUUCAGCCACAAUGCAAAAGUUUGAAGGCAUGUUUGAAGAUCUGGAUGUUAACACACAGGUAGAGUGUGCUGUAAACUCCAUUAUGUUUUAUCUUCUGUUGUGAAAAACUUUAAUUUGCAAAGAUUUCACAUGUGGAGUGGAGAAUCUAGCUAUAGUCUUCAGCUGAAUGGCUAGAUUCCUAUAAUAAAAAAUAAAAAUGUGUUUUAUUAUUCCAGUUUCUCUUGAAAUUUCUAAAAGUUCAGACACUUUGAAAAAUAGAGUGAAGUUGAGUUUACCCGUAAUGCCCUUCUUCCAUAAUUUAUUUUUCAUCAUUAGAGAGCUUUAGCAUCAGAUUUUUCAUGGGAAUCUGAAACCUGCAGUUUGCAGUUAAAAGUUUGCAGUUUCAGGUUGUCUGGCUUUUGAAUUUUAGCAAGGAAUUUGUUGUUUCAACCCACCAUGUUGUUUUUCAUCAAAUCGAAGUGCUUUACUUUUAUUGCCUAAAAAGUAUGAAAAAUUCAUUGACUCGGUUUCAAAAAUCUAACUAGCAUGUUGAAGGCGGAUAUAGAAAGCUACUUUGUGCCUUUAAAUGUGAGCCUGUACAAUUUUUAGUGGCAAAAGCCAGAAGCUGGAAGCACUUCCUGCCAUUCAAACGUGAACUGCAAACUGCAAACGUGACCACAUGACUGUGGUCACAUGACAUUCUCAGGUUUGAAGUUUGCAGUUUCCCCAUGAAAAACCUGAUGCUAAAGGUCUCUAUUUCUUGAUUUAUUUCCAGGUGUUAGAAAAUGCAAUGGGUGAGGCCACUACAUUGUCAACACCACAAGACCAGGUGGGAGGAUUUUAAAUAAACUUCUUUCUGAUUAAUGAUAGCAGGGGGAAGAAGAUUUUUAAAAUAACAAAAGUUGUAUUACCUGUGCUUGAUCCUGUCUAUAUCACAAAAACAUAAUUUAACCAGAGUUACAGGGGCUAUGCCAUGCUAUGUUUUAUCUUUUUCACAGAGCUAAAAAAAAUUGUACAUCAUUUAAAUUAAAAAAGUCAUAGUCCAGUUUUAUUAUUUAAGAGUAUGUUUAGGCAUGGAAAUUGUUUCCUAUCAUCUGUUGCUGUGGAUGGCAAGGACCCAUGGAUUGUGUAAAAGCACUAAGUAAUAACGUCAUCACAGAAUUGACAUAAAAAGCAAUGUCUUUGUGACAAAGCCCCUUUUAAAACCAUCAGCGAUGAUGCACAAAUUACUUAACUCUGAUGAUGACUUUUACACUGGUUAAUGUUGAAACAUUGGUCACCUUCACCAAGUCAGUCUUGUUCAGAACCACACUCCAUUUUUGAUACAACAAUAUUAAGCACAACAAAGCAUAAAACUGGUUCCUUUAUUCAAGCAAGAAGAAAAUUGUUACUUAAAGUUAACAAGACCCAAGCAGUCGUGCAGACCACCCAACCCCCUUUCUCACUAACAUUGAUAUUUUUACUCACAGUAUUCUCGGCGAAUGUUGCUUGCCAGUUGGACAACAUGUGAUAUUAAAACAUGCUAGCCUUGUUGUUGGACAGCAAUUCUGUUGCGUCUUUAUUUAUGUGCAUUUGCUUCAUUACACAUCUGAACUGAGCAAAUAAAAAAAAAACUUUGCAAGGUCACUGAUCAUCAAUGAACAGGGCACGUGAAAUAGCCAUGUGAGCUAUUCAAACAUCACUUGCAAACAAUCAUUUUUUUCCAGGUACUAACAGUUUAGUGAUUUUGGUAGUAAUUAUGCAUAAUACUGUAAUAUUAUGCUUGGAUUUGUGUAAGUUUUGUGUAUAAGUUGGGCUGAAUAUAGCCAAGGUACAUGUACAGUGUAUAAGCAGUGACAAAAAUUAUUUUUUGUUGUUGUUGUGUUUACCCAAAUUGUUAUUGUAUUCAACAAGGUUGAAACCCUUAUGCAGCAAGUUGCAGAAGAAAAUGGUUUAGAAAUUAUGAGUGAACUGGAGGCUGUACAACCAGGCACUUCCUCCCUAAGAACUCAAGAGGGAGAAAGAUCACAAAAAGAUGAAGAUCAACUAAGCAAAAGGUGA